CCUCCUGAGAUGACAAGGACUUUGCUGAGGUUCAGACAUCAAUACCGUUGUAGCCAAGAUUCACCUUUCCCAGCAGUCCUGAAAAAAAAAUGUGGUGUGGAUGUUUCCCUACAAUGUCCUUCCUCACAAGGUCCUUGAUUCCUACUAAAGUGAAACCAAGAUGCUCCUCCCACCUAUCUUUCCUUGGAAGCCAAGCCCCUUUGUAAUCUGUAUAAGAUUCCCUCCCCAGGGAUCUGGGGAUCACAGAGACUGGCCUUCGGCUCUGUGCUAGAGACCAAGCUAGAGAUCCAGGCUCUUCCAGAGGAGUGAGACCACCAUGGCUCAGGAGAGGUUCUUCAUCCUGUUCCCACUACUGGUCCUGGUGCUGCUGGUGCUGGGCUGUGUCGAGCCUUCUCUGGCCAAGGAGUCACGGGACGAGAAGUUCCAGCGGCAGCACAUGGACCCGAACACCUCCACCGUCACCUCCGGCUACUGCAACCAAAUGAUGAAGCGCCGGAAUAUGACGGUUGGACGGUGCAAGCCAGUGAACACGUUUAUCCACGAGCCUCUGCCAGAUGUCCAGGCUGUCUGCUUCCAGGGAAAUGUCCCCUGCAAGAACGGGCAGCCCAACUGCUACCAAAGCAGCUCCAAAAUGCGCAUCACUGACUGCCGCCUGAAGAACGGCUCCAAAUACCCCAAAUGCGACUACCAGACCCAGCAGCUACAGAAAUCCAUCAUCGUGGCCUGUGAAGGGAAUCCAUAUGUGCCAGUCCACUUUGACGGUUCUGUGUAGGUCUGCACCUGAGGCCAGAACAGCGAGAUGCCCCACCUCCCUUUUGUGGCACCUGCUUCUCCCCUCUCCCUUCCUUGUUCUGAGGGACAGAACUCCACUCAGGGCUCCUAUCCAAAACACACACGUGUCCCUGCCCAGGGCUUGCCCCUGUGUGGUUUGGAGGGGGUGAAGGGAGCCCCAUGUGAACCACUUCACUGCUUCUUUCAAUAAAACACAGUUGCAACCACCUGGA